GAAUUUAAGGACAUGUUACAAGUAUGUAUGUAAAAAGUGAACGAAAAGGACGUUUCAUUGCCAGCAAAAUGGCGACCAUACUUGUGUUUCUAGUGAUCCAUGUAUUUCUUGUGCAUGGACUGAACUGGCUGUCGAUCGAGAACACUCAUUGUCACUUCAGCAACACAGAACUCAAGUCCUUCGUCAACAAAAACCAGUUCCUUCUUCUAAGGUACAAUAGAAAAAUCGCUGCUCUAGAAAAUGAAACAGCAAUCAAUUUCAAUACAACAGAGAUUAAAGUAAUACGACAAAACGCACAGAGAAUUGUGGAAAUUCAAAAUGAGGCUUCGCAUUCCCUUCAAACUAAAGAGCAACAGACUACCAAGCAGAGACACUUGCUACAAAAACUCUUCGAACAAAUGAAGUCAAUCAAGCAAAACAUGAGCAGACUAGAGAAUAUGAUCUCUGUGAGAGCUGUUGAGCAGCUCAGACGUCGCCAAAACGUUGAGCGUCUUCUCCGUCAAAUCAAAGCCAUUCACAAAAACAACACAGAUGUCAGGCAAUUAAUCAUCAGAGAAUCAAGCCUGCAAGUGUCAGCAGGCUUCACUGUCCAAACCGACAGUCCGGUUACACUGCAAGAUCGAGAUCGACUGGUCUUUGGAAGCAUACUUUACAGAAGUGACGAUGGAUUUAGCAUCUCGGAGUCGAUCCUAACUUCCGUUUAUUCCGGUGUAUACCUCUUCCAUAUUACCAUCUGCUCACAAGGUGAAAAAUUGAUCGCAAGAGCAGUGGUUUGCAAGAAUUACAACCAUCGCUGGGUCGGAUUUGCCUACGCAGAGGAUAGCUGGAAUUCGGAAUGUGGAAGCAACACUUUAGUUGUGGAGGCACGUAAAGGAGACAGAUUCUGGGUCCGAUCACACAAGAAGUCCUAUAUUGCCGCCGGAAGUAGAUUUAGUGGCACGCUGAUUUACAGAACUGAGUGACACCUGGUUUGAAAUCAUUCGUUAGAUCAUUUCAAAAGAAUUUCAAAUGUACUUGUUAUUUAUAGUUUAUCAAAACCAGAGGCGUAUUGGUCACAACGCGUACCCGAGUCAUUUUAUCAAAACUUACAUAGACACACAUAUAUGCCACUUGAGGAUUUUUUGCAUAUUUACGUAACAAUUUGUAGUACUGUGGAUUUUGAGAAGAAUUCUAAGAUUUUUACACACGCCCCCAUUCCUAUGCAAAGCUUUAAAUCUGGAUUAUGGUCCCAUCCUAGCCUUGGGCUAAUGGUCUGAACAUACAUCUAGAGGGCAUUCUCUAAACCGGUGUAUCACAAUGUAAAUAAUUAAACCAUAAUGUCAGUCAGAUCUGGCUAUGAGGGUAUUGUUUGAACAAACCUGAAUCUCUAUCACACGAGAAUACAGGCAUAAUAAUUUCACAAAUAGCAAACACAUAUACUGUACUUCUUGAGAUGGCACCAAGUGUAUAUAGUUUAAACAAAUAUCAUGCAACACCACUUUUUAACAUAUGUGCAUAUCUAUCUGACAAAUUUUAGACUUGUUGGCCCUGAAGAGAAAAUAAUCAAAGUUCUCCCCACUUAAAGAUACCUGCAUGUCAAUUUGACAAAUUAUAGAAUUGUGGGUCCAUAAGAGAAAAUAAUCAAACAUCCCCCUGUGUAAAAUUUAACUCCCAACAAAGGUCCCAUGCCCCUGCACGAACUUGAAUCUACAUUACACAAGGAUGAUUGCAUUUCAAUUUAAUGAACUGUAACCUUGAAGUUCUUGAAAAGAAGGUUUGUAAAUACGUGUAUUUUUUCAUAUGAAAUUGUUUAAGGUUGAUCGAUCCUCGUGUGAUGUCAUAGGUUUUUGCAAAAAUCUUUAUCAAAUUAAACCUUGCGCAUGAUAGAAAUAUAUCUUCCAUAGGAAUAUUAUUAUUGUCCUGGUUCCUAUGCUUGAAUUCGGCUCUCAGUCGGUUUCGUCUCCGCGGAAAUCAUCAAUGCUGAUGCAUUAUUAAAAAAAACCCAGCAAACAUGGCUGUUAGCUUCAUUAUGUCCAGGUUCCUAUGCUUGAAUUCAGCUCCCAAUAACUUUCAUCUCCGGGUAAAUCGUAUAUGCUGCUGCAAAAUUAUCAUAGUAGACAUGGUUGCUUGGGUGGGAUUCCAGUCUGGCCCCUCAGUCUUCCUCUGCUCCAAGGCAGGGAUAUGCGCAAUCUCUACUCAGAGUUAUCGUUCCCGCUACGCUCCACUAAUACCUCUGUCAACGUCUAAAAAGUUAUAUCAAAAUGUACAAAAACUAACUUAGCAUAUCGAACUGUAAUGAUAAUAUCUGAGCAAAUCAAACACUUCUCUGAAUUUUUUAAAAUCAGAAGAUGGUAAAUAUGAGACACCUGAGCGAAUUAGAAGGUUUUUAUAAAUAUUCAUUCAUUCAAUAAUACUAGUAUAAUCUUGGAAUUCCUUGUUUUUGUGAACCUACUAAAAUUUAAAGCAUAAAACUUAUAAAAUUAUUAUCCAUGAUGCUAUAGGUAUAGGUAAGUUUUGCUAAGAAUCUUGACAUUUAGACGUUGACAGAGAUACAGCUGGAAAGAAAGAUUGAAACAGAAACUAUGAAAACUAAGGUGAAGUUUACGAUGAGGAAUAAACAGAUAUGAAAUAGCUAGAAGGCUAACAGACAAUUCAUGCUUGAAAAAAGGUCAUCUCAUUAUUAAUCUAAAUAUUAAGAUACAAGUAUUUAGUUUAGAAAUAAACUGCUAGAGGUCCUUCCUAUUUAGGUUUGGAGUGCUGCGGUCACAAAGUCUCUGUUAGCGAAUCACUCACAAGAAUGCAUUUUUCACUCUGCUGCCCCCCCCCCCCCCUCGAAAAAACAAACGACGAUACGUACGUGGAUAACCUGCAGUCUAAUCCUUUUUUAUUCAAUAACAUAUGAAUAAACUUAAACAUACAAGUGUAGAGUUCGCUGAUUUUUGAGUAUGUACAUGUACCCCAGCUUCUCCGACAAAGUAAAGUAACCAUAACUAGUUAGGAAUCAUAUUUCAUCAAUCAUGUUUAGUUUUCAAAUCUUGAGAAUAUGCAACUAUAACUAUACAUGUAUAGUUUUGAUUUAAAAUAACAUUACAUUCAUCUAUUCGUGCAAAAACAGCAUAUCGUGUUUUCCAUUUCCAUUUUAUCACAAUCUUCGCAUAUUAAAUAUUGAGGUCACGUCAUUGAAGAUUAGGAAUAUUGCAAGUUCAAAGAGUCGGUUUUGUUGAUAACCAAAACUCUGAAGAGACCACCUGGCCAUCCACUUACUCUUAUAUUUUGACAAUGUAUCUUUUCGUUGCCGCGAUACUUAUCCCAGCUGUCGUUCAUGGCAAGGCAGUCCGAGCUCCCGGUCAUGAUCAUCAUCAUGGCUACGUGACUGACAAUCCUCUGCAUGUCAACAACGAGAUUCAGGAUCUUAACAUCCAUUUCGGAACACACUAUUGUCUGGACCUUUUGCUGGUCGACUGUAGCAGCCACGUGACAAAUGGUGACGAACAGAUCUGUGGAACAGACGGCCACACAUAUCAUAAUCAUUGCCAGUUUGCCCACGCUAUGUGCAUGUUUUCCAAUCUAAGAGUAAAGAGCCAUGGUCCCUGCAACAGUGCCACCCGACCACCUACAACAAUGUCACCUGACACCACGAUGAUGCCAGACACCACGAUGAUGCCGGACACCACGAUGAUGCCAGACACCACGAUGAUGCCGGACACCACGAUGAUGCCAGACACCACGAUGAUGCCACAAAAUACAACCAUGAUGUCAAACAUUUCCACCAUGGUCCCUAUUAUGAUGAACGUCACCGCUGUGAUGUUAUCCACGACAACCACCCAGAGCAAGGAGACCGUCCUUUUCCAACAAGUGUUUUGUAGAAACAAAGAUUUCAUAAAUUGUCCAGCAACUAUUACACCAACAUGUGGGUCUAACGGCAAAAUGUACAGCAGCGGAUGCGAAUUCUCCAAAGCCAAAUGUGAAGAUAUUACAUUGUCUCUGGUUGAUGUUAGUUUGUGUUCGUCUCCAAUUGUAGGAUAAAACACAAAUAAAGAUCCAUAAACACAUGCAGCCAUAUUCAUGUACCUACAUUUGUCAUGUUUGUGUUUACAUAGGUUAAAUAUACUAGUAAAUGUUUGGUUUAGAACAGGUGUUUCAAUGUACAAGUUAAUUCUGAACACAAUUAAACAGUUUCUAGUGUU